UUAGAACGGUUUUGAACGUGUAUGCUACGAGUUAGUCCAAUUGGACGCGUUCAAAUGUCGGAUAAAUUGUGCUGAACUGUCAUAUGCGGAAUGCAUACAACGUUGGUAGUGGAAAUCAAAAGGCCAAAUAAAUUGAGCUCGAAGGGAACAAAUUGACAAAUAACGCUUGAUUUUGGACGUCAUUCGGUGUUACAAUUUAUUGUGAGUUAGAUAUUAUCCAGCAAUGGUUUUUUAGAACAAUUUGUUUUAAUUUUUUUUUUUGCUGUAAACGGACACAAAGUGCAAAAUAUCACACCGAUUUGCAUUGAAUCCACAACAAACCGUUUAAUGUUUAUUGUCGGCUUAUUAUAUAAGUUUAUUUGAACGAUUAAGCCCAAAGUUUUUUCAAACUUUAAAACAUUAUUAAAUGCCGUGGUGAAAAAUUGCUCGAAUUAAAUAAACCAUAACAAUUUUCAAGUGAAUUUGAACCGAUACGUCUCUGAAAGGUGUCUUUCAAUUGACAUAUUCCCAUAAGUUGAUUUUCUUUGACAUACAUUUACUGGCGGCGGCGAAUGGUGUUUAUGUGUUUGUUCGAUUUGGUGUUAUAUUUUGCAUAAUAUGCCGUUGUCAACCUUUUUUCAAGGAAAAAAAUUAACGCAGAUCAAGCGGUUUGACACAAUUCGUCAAUAGAUUCACCAUGGCAGUGUCGUUUUAGACUCAGAUAUUUUUUCUUCAAUUUUUCAAAAUUUAAAGUGAAAAUCUAGUGGCAAAACUUGAUCGUGCAUUCGAAGUAGGAAAAAAAAGAAGAAAUCUUUGCCAACAACACUGUUUACGAAAUCGAAACAAGUAAGCGAGUUGAAUGAAUAAAACCGAAUAAUCCGUUGUGCAUUUGUGUGCGUUUGUUUGUGUGUAUAAAUGUGUGUGCACCGAUUGUAAGAGUACAGAGAAAGGGAGAGAGAGAGAGAGAAAACCAAGCGCAAACCUAACCUCAACACGGUAACACUCAUACAAAGUGUACACAUUUCACACGAAAAGGUAAAUGAAACGUCAAAAGGAAUCGAAGCCGAAAAUCAAUCAAAAUUCGGCAAAAGCCUAGAAGAUUUUACCAACGUAGUUUUUUUUUAUCGUUCGACUUAAUUCCAAUUUCAAUUGAACUGUGUUCAAGUGACGAAGCAUUGUUGCAAAGAUAGCGAAUUAAUUGUCUAACAAAUCGAGUGCAAUUCGACGAAUCAACUCCACGAAUCGAUUGCAGCCUAUUGUAUGUGUGGAAUACAAGCAUUUUACUUCACUGAGGUGUCAAUUUAUUGUAUUUUAUCGGAGCAAAUGUGAAUUGGUCAGCUAAAAUAUCAAAUUGAGACGCAUAUUUUGAAGUGUACAAAAAUUAAAUUUGAGAAUUCAGUCAGGGAAAAACCACAGCAGCAACAGACAAAAAAUCGUAUGAACAUCAAGUGGUAUGUCAUCGUAUAGAGGGAAACCUGUAGCACAAUCGGGCAUUCCGCCGUAUAUUCCGUCAAAUACAAUGUUACCGCCACCGACGUCUGUGGCGUCAAGUCUACCACCCAUGAAUCAACCACCGCCAACACAUGCAAAUGCCUACAGAUCGGGGCCACAAUUAUACGCACGACCAACACCGUUGGAAACGGCAACAAACACACAGCAACCAUACACAUUGCCAAAUACAACUCAGCCGGCUAAUGCAGCAAAACCAGCGGCAGGUGCCAAUAGCGAAACAGCCGGUCCUGUGAUCACCGUUUUUGUGGGUAACAUAAGCGAACGAGCACCCGAAUCCAUGAUCAAGAAGAUAUUAGCCGCUGUUGGUACAGUAAUCAGUUGGAAACGAGUCUCCACAUUCGGCUUUUGCGAAUAUGAUGGGCCACAGGUUGGUUUGCGUGCGGUGCGCAUUUUACACGAUUUAGAUGUGGCGGGCAAAAAAUUGGUAGCCAAAGUUGAUGCAAAAAAUAAGCUACUUCUGGAUAAUUACAAGGAAGAAGAAGGAGCACGGAAUGUUGGCAAUGAAGAUGCCAGCGAAGCGCACGAAAAGAAAGAAGAUGCUGAUGUUGUCGAUUCAAUACAACAAAUUCUGGCCGAUCAUCGAUCGGAAAUUGAAAAUUACGAAGCAAUCCAAGCGAAAAAAAUGAUUACUGAGCAAAAGUCCAAUAAAAUGCUACAAAGUGCAGCAAUCGAAGAAGAUAAACGGGACUUGAUCAACCGGGAAAUUGGUAAAUUCCGAAAAACGGCCGAGGCCGACGAACAGAAAAAAGAAAAGGAAAAAGACCGUCGAAAGCGUGAAGAAAAGGAACGGGACAGAGACCGGAACCGAGGAUCAAUGUCGCCACGCAAAGAUAAAGACAAAAAAGCAUCAUCAUCAAGACGCCGAAGUAGGUCCAGAGAACGUUCGAAGGAACGAGAACGCGAAAAGGAGCGCGAGAGAGAAAGAGAACGAGAAAGGGAGCGUGAGCGCGAAAGGGAACGUGAGCGAGAGAGAGAACGAGAACGAGAAAGAGAAAGAAUUGAGAGAGAGCGAGAGCGUGAGGAGAAAGUGUUGAAGGCUCCGCGUGAUUUGCAACGGGAGAAAGAGAUGGAAGAAGAGUUGCGCGAGCGGAAAAAGGCCGAAAAGAAAGCUCGAGAGAAGGAGGCAGCGUAUCAGGAGCGGCUACGAAAUUGGGAGAUUCGUGAACGGCGUCGUGCCAAAGAAUAUGAACGCGAAAAAGAGAAAGAGCUUGAAAGAGAAGAAGAACGAGAGAAAGAAGCGAAACGAUUAAAAGAAUUCCUUGAAGACUAUGACGAUGAACGAGACGAUCCAAAAUAUUACAAAGGGCGCGAAUUGCAACGACGAUUAGCCGAACGUGUUAGGGAAGCGGAUCAAGACGCUAAAGAUAGAAAUAAAGAGCAAGAAGAAUUAGAAGAAUUGAAAAAUAAAAUAUUCAGUGGUGAAUAUGAUAAUCCAACGCAAGAAUUUGAACGUGUAAAGAAACAACGCGAAGAAAUGUACAAACCAAAAUUGUUGAUUGAUGUGAAUUUGGAGCAAUCACAGCAGCGCGAACGAGAGAUUCAGCGAGAACGGGAACGCGAUGCAGAGCGACAAAGUCUCAAGGACAGAGAACGAGCACAAAAAGAACGAUACGUACUGGCGCAAGCGUCAAGAGAGCUUGCUUCACUCAACGCUGAGCCCAUCGAUUCAACGGACUCGAGUAACGAUGAAAAUUCGCCACGAAAUAACAAUAAUCGAGGCUCCGAAUCAAGGGAUACGCAUUUCAAUUCAAAUAGCAAUGGCAUGCCAAAUGACGAAGAUUCGCGAUCAUCGAUGCGAUCAAUUAAAUCACUGAAUAGUCCAGCAAGCAUUGAAACACCGCCAAUGAUAGCGCCAGCCAUAAGUCUUAAUCUGAAUGCGAACGCGAAAAAGAAGCGUCUGGAAGUGAAGGAUAUUUUCAAUAAUGACGAAGAUAACGAAGAUAUCAACGGACCAAAACGACGGAAACUAGUUCCAUUAGAUUACGAGGAUAAUGUGAAUCCAAAGGGACAAAAGUCAUCGAGUGGCAACACGGUAUCAGAUGCUGCCGCAAGCGCAUCAGCGACAAACAAUAAUUCAUCGUCCAAACGAAAAGAUGGACGAAACGAUGAAAAUAGCAAUCGAAAGGAGGAAAAUGUGCGCAGCCAAGAGGAGAAACGUCGACACAUUAAAAGUAUUAUCGAUAAAAUUCCAACGGGCAAAUCGGAUCUGUUCAAUUACAAAUUGGAUUGGAAUGAAAUUGAUAACACGCUGAUGGAAAAGAAGAUUCGGCCGUGGAUUAAUAAAAAAAUCAUCGAGUAUAUCGGUGAGCCAGAGCCAACGCUAGUCGAUUUCAUUUGCUCAAAAGUGUUAGCCGGUAGCACACCACAGGGUAUUUUGGACGAUGUCCAAAUGGUAUUGGAUGAAGAGGCCGAAGUAUUUGUGGUCAAACUGUGGAGACUUCUCAUUUACGAAGUCGAAGCGAAAAAAGAUGGCUUAGGAAAAUAAUAAUUUACGUUUCAUUUCUGUCCGAUGCAAACAAAAAUACACCCACACCCACACACACACAUUUCGUGAAUAUUCUUUCAGCAUAAGUUUACUACAUAUGUAGCGCUAUGUAAUUUUUUUUGGUAAUAAUUCAUAAUAAAGCUAAAAAUUGAUGAAAAGCACACGAAAAA